GAAAAUGAUUGUUUUUCUCUUUGUUAUCUCAUCAAAUAUACAUGUAACAACCUGCAGCGAAUCAUCAAAACUGGUGGUUGGACAGGUUGGGGAUACAGUUACUCUUCCAUGCAAAUACGACAUUAUCACUAAUGGCCUAUUGAACGUUUGCUGGGGGAGACAUCAGUCAUGGUUCAACUGUGAGAACACUGUUAUCUCCUCCGAUGGCUUGCAAGUGACCUACAGAGAGUCACGCAGAUUCAGCUUUGCCAGUGGACUGGACCGAGGGGAUGUUUCACUUACCAUAAAGGCUGCUCAAAAGAGGGAUGCUGGGAUGUACGUGUGCCGUAUCGAGAUCCCUGGACUUUUCAAUGACAUUAGUUACAAUAUCUAUCUGUUUAUUAGCAAUGGACUGGAUCCAAUGAGAGUCAUCUCAGAGACACAACUGAUUCCUGCAACAGCAAAUCAGGAAAAGCAAGUCUACUAUGUAUCAGACCCAACCACAUUCAUUACUGAGCUUUAUAUCAUAUCAGAAAAGACAACUGCAGAAGCUACUGACAUCUACAUUGAGGAAGCCGUUGCAGUGGUCCAUACCGAGGAUACAAUGGAAAAAUUUGUCAUAAAUACAGUAAGAGUGGGGGCCAUUGUCUUCAUCCCAGGUUUAAUCAUCGCACUUCUGUUCAGACUGCGGCGCUCCAGAGGACACACCAGCUGCAUGAGAAUAUAAAAUCUAACAGCCUUCCCGGCCCAUCAACCACACAGGAUAUGGUUCUGAGGUCACUAUGACUGUGUAAAAAACCACAUGCAUGGUAACAUGGAUUUUUUUGUUGUUGGUCUCAGUACCUAAUAUUUAUAAAGCAAUUGAUCAGAUUAUUCUAAAUCUUAGAUAACUUAUUUACACUGUGUUGUUGUUUUUUAUUUUUUCACUGUAAUAGGCUAGCCUAUGAAAUGUUUGUUACUUGUAUCUUCAUAUGUAACGUCUUUUUGUAAAAAGCUUCCAAACUCUAAUCUAAUGUCAUGCAUCUCUUUCUCAGAAAUCAAUUACUAAAUGUCCAAACUCCAUGUGGGAUUAAAGUUUUCAGUUUGUUUGGAAACGCAAUUUGAUUUAUCACACAAUAGCGGCCUCUUGUGUUCAAUGCAGUUGCAUAAAAAAAAUGUCAACCUAAAAGUUUUAAUAAUGUACAAAAACUUAAAUCUUAAUAAACAAAAG